GACAUCCACAAAGACGGAAUGUUUCCGAAGGGCGAGGGCGACGACCGCAAGAAGCUGAAGGGGAUCACGGGCAUCAAGGAGAGCGAGCUGAUGGACCCGGCGAAGCAGGUUAGCGCCCAGGCCCACACCUCACCAGAGACGACGCGCGGAGGCCAGCGCAUCCGCGCGCGCAAGGCAGCGAUGGACCUGUCGGCGCCUCGCGGGGCCUACUACGUGGAGUUCGGCAAGCAUUGCGCCAUGACGCACCAGGAGGCGAGGUCGCAGUGCCUGGGCUACGCGAGACGGUAUGUCCAGCAGGCGGGGAAUGCCGACAGCUCGACGGGACUCGAGCAGUACGCCUCGUGGCUCAACGCUGCCGCGGUGGCCGAAGACUGCGACCCCCUGGAGGGCCCGAAGCCGAAGGAGGACAAGAUCAGCAACAUGCAGAACAUGAUGCAAGAGAUGGUGGGGGCCAUCAGCCAGCUGUCGGCGAAGGCGAAGGGUCUCGAGGCAUCUGGGUCGGCCAGCGUGAGCGAGACGGACAAGAGCUGGCAGGAGCUCCGGGCCCUGAGCACCCACCAGCAGCGCCUCAUCGCUCAUGCCAUCUGGGAGCAGGGUGGUGAGAAGGAGUUCGAGGUGCUGAUGGCCGGCCAUGAUGGCGUGCACCUGAUGGAGCUGCGCUGCAGCCCCAUGUCGUCCUUGGGCAGCGAGAUGGAGAAGAAGGGCGGCAAGGGGCGCGGCCCUCUCAGCCCGGUCACCAUGGGCCUGAACGGCAGAUCCAGUAACCCGGCCCCCGUGGAUAAGACCCGCCAGAGGCGUGUGCAAGCCAUCCGAGAGUGUAAGGGCGCCGUCCAGGUGGCCUGCGACCAGGCCGCCUCCGGCAGGGCGCACAAUAUGAUCAGGACGAUGGUCGACGACCUGGAGAUCAUCGCGGUGAGAGUGGCUGGAUGUGAGCUCGGAGCCAAGACCUCAGAUGGCGGCAUUGCGAAGAAGGAAUGGCUAGUGGCCGCGACGCCACCGAGGAUGGCAGCGCGCCUGGAGGUGGAAUGUCCGCGGGGCCACGUGCACAAGCAUCUCCAGGGCAGGGGCGUGACGGCCGCCAGCGCCUACUCCCCGGCCGAGAUGGCACGUCGGGCUGUAGGGGCGAUGCUGGGGAGCGAGUCUGGGGACUACCUGCAAUUCGUGAAGGACGCGACCACCUGCGCGACGGCCAGCUCCUCGGAAAAGCCAGACAAGCCCGUGCAGGAGCCCAACGACAAGUCAAGCCCCUACGAGGAUGCCAAGAUCCACAGCUGGCGCGCAUCAGUACACCGCGGUCGUGGCCGUGCAUCCCGCGCAGCAAUGAAGGCGGCGCUGCGGCGACAGGGGGCGCCCGAGAGGGUGAUCGAUGCAUGCAUGCAGCAGCCCCCCGCCCUGCUAGCGUCACUGGAGGGGGGCCCAGCGAAGUGGAGGCACAUCCAGGCGGGCCAGUUCGAGUGGCGGCAUCCGUGCCUCAAAGAGAAGCUGGAGGCCAGCAUGAUCACCGAUGAGGGCCGCCGCGUGCGGGUGGCCAAGUGGCAGUAG